AUGGAUUUCCGAAAAGAAUGGUUCAAACACAGAAUUUUGAGUUAUUUCGAAGAAAGCCAGUCGGAUUUAUUCGACAUUUUUCUAAAAAAUGAUAAUAAUUCGGUGCCGAAUCAACUACAUCAAUUCUUAGAUAACGAAACGAACAAUGCAGUGAACAUCAACACUCAAGUAUUCAUCGUUUACAAAACAUAUUACAGUAAAAUUGUUAACGAAGAAAUUGAAGUACAGGAAGAAGUUACCAAACAAAGAACGGCGUCAUUUCUUUCGCAAGAUGAUAAGAGAAAAGAUAAGCGAGGGAAGAAAAAAAAGAAAAGUAAAAAAUCAAAAGAUAUCAAAGAAGAAGAAGACGACGAAGUUGAAGAAUACAUUAAACCCGACGACGAAACAAGUUAUAAUGUUGAUGGUGUCAAGUUCGACGAUAUCGAUGAAGAUGAUAAACAGAAAAAGAAAAAAAGUAAAAAAACUGGCAAGUCUGGUGGAAGAAUUAGCCCGUACACGAUGGUGGAAAAUUUACCAUUGGAAGAACAAAGCGUCAAACCUAAGGGAGCACUUGCCUACAUAACUGUUAAAAGAAAAGUUGAAAAAGUUAUCCAAGUUCCACAAUUUCAAGGUCAUUUUGGAAUUUUUAAUGGCGAUAAGUUUGAAUCAACGAAUUACUACGUAUAUUUUGUUAAAAAAAUGAAUUGUAAAAUACCACUCUUCUCUUCAAUGGAAGAAGCCAACGAGGAAAUGCCCACAUACAUCACGUUUGGUAGUAUCACUGGUAAUAUAUUUCAAAAUUUGGAGAAAAUAAUCAAUCUAGUAUUUAUUCCUUUGUUUCAUCACCACUGCUCAUCAUCAAACGAAGACGUAAAAAGCGUAGAAUACGAUGAAAUUGGUUUGCAAAAAAGACCGUCUUAUUUUUACUUGCAAAAGCACGUCGAUAAUUUCAACAUAAUGAAGGAUGAAUUAUCAAUCACCCCGAGUGAUUCUGUACUAUACAACCAGCUCCAAAAUUUCAUGAAACCUGAGCCAGAACAAGAAUGGAAAGAAUCUUAUAAUCAGUUGGUGAAGUUACUCGAUGUUGUGAAAUGGGCACAAACCCAAUUAUACGCUGGAAAAUUGUUCGAAAUACCUGAAAUAUUUUAUGAGUUUGAUUGGGAUACUUUGGAUGUCACGGAAGAAAUCAUAAAAAAUGCUAAAAUCACUUUACAGAAUUGCAUAGAUGAAAUUGAAUCUCAAUAUAGUGAUAAUCUUCGUUACGAUCCAGUAAAUGAUAAUUUAAUGAAUGAGUACGAACACUGGAAAAACAUGGAAAUAAAUUUGAGCACGGUACUCGAUGAAUUGAAUUCACCUUUGAUGAAUAAAAUCAGUGAAAUAGUGAAAAUUCACCACGCAUCUUUGUUUGAUUCAUUUGAAACGAAACGUUCGACACUGUACAAUGAUUAUUUAUCGGUGAAAGAAAAUGCCAGCUUAUUACAAACUUUGCAGUAUUUUUUCAAAAUUUUAAUGUACAGUAAUUUUGAAAGCAUUUCUAACCGUAUUCCAACGCUGAUGGAUUCUCUUCAAUCAAUCUGGAUUUUAUCUGAUUAUUAUGGCCAGGAAAAAAAUAUGGAAAGGAUACUCAAUAAUAUAAAAAACACCCUUUGUCGAAGAACUAAAGAAGCAUUUGAUGUGACAACUUUAUUCAAAAAAUUGUGGUCCGAUAUGAAAGAUGAUGUAGGUUAUGCUGUCUCAAUGUUACAAAUAUGGAAAAAUUCGUAUUUAGAAGUGAGAACUCGAAUUGAAUCAACCAGAGACCAUUUCGUUUCUAGAUGGGAAUUCAACAAACAAAAACUGUUUUCUGAAACAGACUAUAUUAGCACAGUGAUUGAAGAUAUCAAAGUCAUCUUUGAAGUAGUUCAAAGCUUCCAUUGUUUAUUCAGUUCAAAAUUUCGUAAAAUGGCAGAAAAAACCGUCGAAUUCAAAAAUUUAGAACAAAAAGUUUCAAACUUGACGCUUCCAAUUGAAAAAGUCGACUUUGAUAUCUAUUUAGAAAUAUUCAGAGACGAAUGGAAUGAAAUUCUGGAAAUUUUUCAACAAGAUGUAAUCGAAGUUGACCAGCGACUAAAAAUACUCAUUAUCAAAACGUUUUCACAAAUCAAAUCGAUUAAAGAGGGAAUCGAAGUAGUUCAAAAUAUUUCCGAAAUUCAAACGAGACCCACGGUUCACGAAAGUGUGUCAUACAUGUGUAAUAAAAUUAUAGCGCAAUUCGUUAAAGAAAUCAAACUAACUGAUAAGCUUUUCGAAAAAAAUAAAUUAGUGCACGCCACGGUGAAGAUUUAUGAUUCGAUUACGUGGGUGAAUAGUUUAUCCCAGAACCUCCAGAAAACUACAGAAUCACUACAAACAGUUGAUUGUUUAUCCGCGAUGGGACAAUUUCAAGAGGUUUCAGAGUUAUUAGAGAACUUUUUAACCAAAGCUAAGAAUUAUAAAAAGAAAAUUUUUAAAGAAUGGUGUAGUAUAGUUGUUUCACUAAUUAAGAAUAUUUUAAAUGAGAACGUCAUCGAAAUAGAAGAGGCUGAAAAAGUUGUAGAUUUGAAUAAACUUAUCGAAAAACCUAAAAUAAAUGAAUGUACAACAGAAGAAAAAAAUUCUGAAAUUUUUACCGGAAAUGAAGCAUUAUCAACAGAUAGAGAUGUAGGUUUUGGAGCUCUCAGUAUAACUUUAAAAUGGAUCGCAAGAAGUAAAAUAAUGGCUGAAACUGCUUUGAAGAAACAAAGGUUAGAGGUGUUAAAACAAAUUGAGCAAGCACAUAAAAUUUCUUGGUUAGAGUUCGUUGGCGAUUCAUUACUAAUCGAAAAAGGGUUCAGAUUUAGAAUGAAAUUUCGAAACGAUAUUUUUGAAAUUUUAAAAGAAUCAGAAAACUUGAGAAAUUACGGAUUCGGUUUACCAAACGAAAUCACCGAGUUAUUAAUCAUUAAGAAUGAUCUUCAUCAGCACACAGAAUCCAUCAAUGGAAUACUGACGCGAUAUAACGACAUCUUGGACAAGUUACAACCUGCUAAAACCCUUUUAAUGAAGAGAUACUUAUUGGAGGUAGAAAUGACAAUACAACCAGGUUUAGGAUUGUACACUUGGAAAUGUACAGUUUUGGACAAAUAUGUUCAAAAAAUUACAACGACGCUGGAAGAACUCUCGUGUUUAUUAUAUCAGACGAACAAAAUUUUCAAAAAAUUGGACACGUUUAUCGAAACAAUAGAAAAUUUGAACUUCCUGCCCGUUAAACAAAUCACUACCAAGAAUAUCAAAUGCGAGAAUUUUUUCCACGAAAUAGACAGUUUACAAAAAAGAGAAGCAAACAAAUGUGUUACUAUUUACAAUACCAUAUCGAUGACGUUAAUUCAAAUAGAAAGCUUGAUACUGUUCACGAGCACAGGCAAAUCAGAAUUGAUGACGUAUUAUUACGCGAGUUACAGCGAUAAAAUUGUUUCAGUUUUGAUAAAGUCAGUUUUAAACAGUAUUUUCGAUCUGAAUAGUCUAAUAUGCGGAGAAUUGCCAACAUACUUUCACGUAAAAAUAUUUUUGAGAAACAACGACGUAAAGCUGAGUCCGAAUUGCGCUGAACUUUUUCAGUAUAUGAAAAUUGCAUUAACAAGAGCAUUUUCUCGAUUAAGAAAUCUGAAACAGUGGGAACCGGGAAGCUGUUUAGUUGGAAAAAAUUCAGCAGAAAUGUUCUAUGUGCGUGUAAUAUUAGAUCAAGAUGUCAAAGUAAAAUGUGAACUGUUAUUACAAAAUAUUCAAAACUUAUGUGAUGCAUUAAAAACAUCCACGGCGAAAUGGUUGAUCUAUUCAAUUCUAUGGGAAUACGAUAAAAAAAUUACCAUCAAGCAGUUCGCGGAUGAAAACCCUCAACUUGGCGAUUACGAAAUGCGGUUUGAUUUUUACCAGAAUGUCGCGAGUAAAAUCGAACAAGAACGACUUAUAGUAAAUGUGUUUUGCGUGAACGUGGAAACCGACGAAUUAAUCCAACAACUUAAAAAUCAUUGCCUGGAAUGGAAACAUAAUCUUGGCGCUCAAUUAACUUUGGAUACGCGCCACUGCGUUCAUCAAAUUCACAGAACAAUCCAAAAAUUGAAUUUAUCUUUAAUACAAGAAAUUAAAACGGAAUCCCAUUUAACCGAAGUACUGCGAACAAUCAACGAAAUUCAAAGUACAGCGUUCGACAUGGAAUUGCAAUUUUAUAAAAUUGAAGAACAUUACCACGAGUUAGUCAUGCAAGAUUUCACCUUGAGCCAAGCCGACGGACAGUUUUUUCAAAAAGUUUAUCUCGAUUGGCAAGAACUCUUCAAUAAAUCGCUAUACAAAAAAUUUUCUUUAGAAUCGGUUAAAAAUUCAAUAACCGAAUCGAUGAAGCAAAAAAUUUUACAGUUUAUUGAAACGUGUCGAAAAUUUGCUGAUCGAUAUGCGAAAGAGAAACCAGACUUCGAAACUGUGGAUUUUGAUUCAUCAGUGAAUUUUAUAUUGGAUUAUAACGGAAAAUGCGAAGAAUUAUUCGAAGAAAAACAACAACUAGAAAUUGUGCAAAGUUGCUACGAAAUAGCACCGUUUGAUUUCGACUUCUUUUUAACAAUCAAAAACAAUUUGAAGACAUUGCAAGAAGAAUUUAAAUUAGUUGAAUAAAUUAAUAAGAUACCUAAAAAUAUUUUCUUACUGCUGCGCAGAAUUGUUGAAAUUAGAAUUUCAAUAAGUAUUUACGGUAAGUAACAAGUUGACUGGAACCAGUAGAAACAUAUGAAGCUAUCUGAUUUGAACCGGAAUAGGUUAAUGAUUGAAUAAAUGUACUGAAUUCUUGCCAACCAUAUAAACCAUUACUAUUCGCA